UUGCUUCUUGUUAUUUUGCCCGGCCUCGACACGACGAUUUAGAAUUAUUUUGAAUUCAGUUUCGUUUCAAAUGUGACGAUGCGCCAGUGGUCGUAUUUACCAGCGAAUUUGUGAAUGUGAUUAGGAAAAUAUUACGGGCAGUUACACGAUUUGGUCGAAAGUGAAAUCAGUUAUUAAAGAACUAGCGGCUUGGCGGGGCUACGGAUCAUGAAAGUGACAGUGAUUGUAUCUGUGUUACUGUGUUGCUUAUUAGGUAUAAAUUCGCUAAUUAUCCCAGAUGAACUGCCAUCCUUGCUGUCGGUAAUUUAUUCAAGUAUUCCAACCUUAAAAAAAGGAACUGACUCUAGACUGGGAUGGGGCUUCCGAUUAGGCAACAGAGCAGAUUUUCAAGUCUUGGUGGAACUAGGUCCACAGAAAUACACUGAACCGCUCGGUAACCAAGUGCCCCAAGAAGGUAACAGAAAGAGGAAUACUCUAGAAACUUUAAAAGAUACUUUAUGGGCUCAAAAUCAAGAACUAAAGAGGUUGAAAGCGGAAUUGCAAAAGGAAGAGCGAAUUGCACAACGUAAUAAACAAAAGUCACAGCAUAAUGAAGUGAUAAAAAAGUCUACUAACACAGUCCCCAAUCUCGAUGGAGCAAACUGGCUUCGAUCAUGGAGUUCUUCUAUCAAUAAACGACAACACCCUACACCCAUGAAAGCUAAACCUGGUCUAGGUGUAGGAGAAAUAGACGCUAAAUCUGUGUUUCCAGAAGACGAAGCGGAUACAAAAGAAAGACAAGCAAUGGACCAAGCGAGAUCACAUAAGACUUCAGCUACAACGUCGAAGGCAGAUGCUCUGGAUAAUGUUAGUUUGGAUUAAUGUGUUUCAGAUAUUUAUAAUAAAUUAAAAUUCCAAAGUUUUUUGUAACAUAUUUGUAUUUUAUUACGGAUAGUUUUCUAAAUAUCUUCUUUUUGAAGUUAUAUUUAUUUAUUAAGUAUUAUAUUGUGUAUAUUUUAUUUAAUAUUUUUUCCGGGUUUGGACCGGGAUGUUCUUAAAUGGCGGAUAUAAGAGUGCCACUCAAUCUUCCUUUACAUUUACGGAAUUUUUUUGAGAAUUACAAAAAAAAUAGUAAUUAAUUUAUUCAGCACCAACAGUGAUGGAAGUUAAUACAAUCGAAUACUUAAUGUACCUGGAAUAGGGAACUUGCAUAUGUUUGUUUUAUUACAUAAUAAUGUUCAGUUUCGUUUAAAAACAGGAUUUCCAAAAUUUCACGCUUCAAAACUUCAUAAUAACUUAGAGGUACAAACUUAAAAUCUUCUGUGUUUUUAAAUAAUUUCAAACGAUCGAAAAACGCGCGAAACCUUGUGGCGUCAUAUCAUAAUAUUUUAUAAUGACGUUUCUCAUGUCUAAUAUAAAAUUAUAUAGCCAUAUGUUUUUGAAGAUACUAAUUUGAUUUGUGUGUGUUUACUAUUGAAAAUAAAAGUAAAUAUUACAAGGGUUGUUUAGUACCAUAUUGUGUUGAAGUACAACCUUAAAAAUUCCCAAUAAAUUAUUUAUUAGAUUACCCGUCGACAAGUAAAAGUAGUUAGGUACAUGCGGAAAGGACAUUAAAGUCAUUUUGUGUGAAAAACAUUCUAAUGUAAGCAUUUAAUGUCUGUUGUUGUCUGCUUAAUAGUUUUUUUAAUAAUUCAAGUGUAUUUUAAACAAAAAGAAAAUAUAACUUUUGGUACCUAGAUUUAUGUAGGUACAACAUUAGAGAUUAAAAAAAAUAGAACGGAAUAGGCCAAUACACCUAGUUUUUAUAGAUUUGCAAAAAGCAUAUGACAAUAUACUGAUACCGAAACUAUGGGAAGUACUGCAAAACUCCAACAUUAACUUUACUCUCAUAAAAGCUGUCCAAAAUUUAUACAGUGACAUGAAAUCUGUAGUAAAAUUAGGAAACAAAAUAACAGAUUUGUUUGAAGUCAACAAAGGUCUAUGACAAGGAUAUUGCAUAUCACCGAGUCUGUUUAAGAUUUAUGUCGCCAAAGCCCUUACAAUAUGGAAAAGAAAAUGCAGUGGAAUGGGCAUCCAAAUAGACGACAACACUUGCCUGUACACCCUUUAGUUUGCAGACGAUCAGAUAAUAUGUGCAAACGGUAAAGAAGAUUUGGAAUAUAUGACUCGCAAAUUGAAGGAAGAAUACGAAAAAUGGGGAUUGCAGAUGAAUGUAGAAAAAACACAAUAUUUAUGCCUAGGUGAGGAUUCAACUGAUAUGAUAUUGGACAAUAAUCAGAAAAUAACUAGCUGUGAUAAAUAUAUGUAUUUAGGAAUUAAUUUCAACAAGGAAGGUACUGUGUAUGCAGAAAUUAAGAGCAGAAUAAAUAAAGCAAGAACAAUAAUUAAAUCAUUGAACGGAGUUUUGUAGAGUACCGAGAUAGGGAAACAAAGAAAAAUGAGAAUAUACAAUACCAUAAUUAAGAGCACAUUGGUAUACGGAUCCGAAAUAUGGAGAAUAAAGGAACAGCAAAAAAAAAAGAAAAUUAGAAGCUACUGAGAUGGACGCCCUAAGAAGAGCAAUUAGAACAUCGAAAUUGGACCGGGUUAGAAAUGAGGAAGUAAAGCGAAGAAUGAGUUUACAGGAAACGGUUGUAGAAUGCAUUGAGAAGAAACAAUUAACGUGGUACGGACAUGUUCAGAGAAUGAUGGAUGAGAGACUGCCGAAGAAAAUUAUGAAAUGGAUACCUACAGAAAACAGGAAAAGAGGAAGGCCAAGAACGAUACAAGGAGUAAGACGAUCAAUGAGUGUACGGGGAUUAGAAGAUGAAAACUGCAAUGAUAGAAGAUAUUGGCAACAAGGCAUCGGACAACGUCGGAGGACGUUUUGAACCCGAAUUUAUAUAAAAUAUACAACAUUACAGAUUGAAUGAUACUUACCUAUACAAUAUUUUUCUGGAACUGGUUUUACUAUAAAAUUAAAAUAAACUAAUCAUAAUAAUACAGAUUUAUGUUCAUAAUGGGCAAGUUUUCAUACUGCCGUUAAAAAGCCUCUUGGGCCAUUUUAGAAAAAUUGUGUUAACAAAAACACUCAAAUAUUAUGAAUUAAUGGCGCGGAACUCAAACAUCAUACUGAUAUGACGUCACGACCAAUGAAUUUGAAUUUUUCUCUCGACUUUAAUCGUCUUUAGGGGCCAAACGAAAGACAAAAACACCUUUUUUUUUCUUUGAUAUACUUAUAUUUUAAAUUAUGUUCUGUUGUGAUUUAUAUCAUUUUUUAGAAUUUAAAUGUGUUAUGCUAGUUCCCUAUUGAUAAAUCAUACUUUCCAAACUUAAAAAGAUGUCUCAUUGUAUAUGGAGCUCUCUACAUGCAUUCUGACAAAUAAAUUAUUUUUCUUCAA